CUUUCCUUCCUUCCCUUCCUCCAUCUCUCCCUCCUCCAUAGACCCUACUCUCCCUGUCCACUACUCCUGGGCCUCUCCCAUCUUCCCUUUUCCCUCUGUCCCUCCCCUCCUCCUGUCCCUUCCCCACCCCUCUGGACUCACCUCCUCCCUUCAUUUUUCCUCUCCAGGGUCCCUACCCCGAUAGCCCUGCUCCUCAUCUUCUGGCUCGCUCUAUCCUCUUCUUUCUGCCCCUCCCUCUCCUCCUUUUUCCUCCUUCCUCCAUCCCACCCUCUCUGCUUCUCUUUCUACCCCUCUCCAGUUUAUCUGCCUCUCUUGCCUCCCCCUUUCCACCCCUGCCCUUGCUCCAAUCCGGUGCCUCCUCCUCCUUGGUCCCGCCCUCUUCUCCUAGCUCCGGGCUGUGCUCCUCAUCCAGUCCUUCCUGUUCCCCUCCCAUUUCCUCUUCUCAGCUCUAGUAUCCAUACCCUCUUUCCCUGAAUCCCUUUUCCCUCUGCCCUUCUUUCUCUCCCUCUUGCCCUGGCUCGCUCCAGGCACCUCCUCUUCCUCGUCUGACCCAACUAAGCCCCUCCUCCCUCAUCUCCUCUCUGUCCUCUCAAUAGCUUCUCCCUCCCCACUCUCCUCCCGAUCCAUCCUCCUCCCCCUCCUCCCCUCUGCCUCUGCAUGCCCCACCCCUUUCUAGUCGUGCCCUUGCUCCCUCCUCUCUGUCUGCCCAUUCGCUCCUCCCUCUGCUCCUCGCAGGCCCCGCCCCUCCUCGGACCCGCCCCUCAGCCCUCCCCUUCCCGCACUCCACUCAGGUCCCGCCUCUCGGUGGGCCCGCCCGCAAUGACCACGCCCUCCGCCGCCCCGCCCCCGCGCCGCAGCGACAAGAUGGCGGCAGGCGGCAGCGGGCGCGCGUCGUGCCCGCCGGGGGUCGGGCCUGGCGCUGGCAGCCUGGGGCCUAGCGCCAACGCCGCCGCGGCCCCCGGUAACGCCGCCGCCUGCGCCCCGGGGCCGCCGCCCCCUCCAUCCCCGCCACCCGGGCCCGUGCCGGACGCGCAGGCCGUGGGCGACGAGCGCGACGACGCGGGCCCGGGCGCGCUGCUGCGUGAGCCCGUGUACAACUGGCAGGCCACUAAACCCACGGUGCAGGAGCGCUUCGCCUUCCUCUUCAACAACGAGGUGCUGUGCGACGUGCACUUCCUGGUGGGCAAGGGGCUCAGCUCGCAGCGCGUCCCCGCGCACAGGUUUGUGCUGGCUGUUGGCAGCGCUGUCUUUGACGCUAUGUUCAAUGGCGGGAUGGCUACCACAUCCACUGAGAUUGAGUUGCCCGAUGUGGAGCCCGCUGCAUUCCUGGCACUGCUCAAGUUUCUGUAUUCAGAUGAGGUACAGAUUGGGCCUGAGACGGUGAUGACCACGCUGUACACUGCCAAGAAGUAUGCAGUGCCUGCGCUCGAGGCGCACUGUGUGGAGUUCCUGAAGAAGCACCUGCGGGCUGACAAUGCCUUCAUGCUGCUCACGCAGGCACGGCUCUUCGAUGAGCCCCAGCUGGCCAGCCUGUGUCUGGAGAGCAUCGACAAGAACACGGCCGACGCCAUCGCUGCCGAGGGCUUCACAGACAUUGAUCUGGACACCCUGGUGGCAGUGCUGGAGCGUGACACCUUGGGCAUCCGUGAGGUGAGGCUAUUCAAUGCUGUAGUGCGCUGGUCUGAAGCCGAGUGUCAACGGCAGCAGCUUCAGGUGACACCUGAGAACAAGAGGAAGGUGCUGGGCAAGGCCCUGGGUCUCAUCCGAUUCCCCCUGAUGACCAUUGAGGAGUUUGCCGCAGGCCCGGCACAGUCUGGCAUCCUGGUAGAUCGCGAGGUGGUCAGCCUCUUCCUGCACUUCACUGUCAACCCCAAGCCACGGGUGGAGUUCAUCGACAGGCCCCGGUGCUGCCUGCGGGGCAAGGAGUGCAGCAUCAACCGGUUCCAGCAGGUGGAGAGCCGCUGGGGCUACAGUGGCACCAGUGACAGAAUCAGGUUCUCUGUCAACAAGCGCAUCUUUGUGGUGGGCUUUGGGCUCUAUGGAUCCAUCCACGGACCCACUGAUUAUCAAGUCAACAUCCAGAUCAUCCACACAGACAGCAACACGGUCCUCGGCCAGAAUGACACUGGUUUCAGCUGCGACGGCUCAGCCAGUACCUUCCGCGUGAUGUUCAAGGAGCCCGUGGAAGUCCUGCCCAGUGUGAACUACACCGCCUGCGCCACACUCAAGGGCCCAGACUCUCACUAUGGCACUAAAGGCCUACGCAAGGUGACCCACGAGUCACCCACCACAGGGGCUAAGACCUGCUUCACCUUCUGUUAUGCGGCCGGGAACAACAACGGCACUUCCGUGGAGGACGGGCAGAUCCCUGAAGUCAUCUUCUACACCUAGGCCAUUUUCCACCCAGGUCUCCCCUUGGCCGUCUACGGGCUUCCCUCCCCACCACGUCCCUUGUCAUCACGGAAGGGGCUGCCUUGUGUCCACAGGGACAAGUGUGACUGCCUGUCCAAGGCACUGGGGAGGUGGUCGGGCCACGGGCUGGGCCCUGUCAAGACAAUCCCUCAGUCUUGGGGGCAGAGUGGGCUUGGCCCCGGAUGGACAGCUGUUGGGGUCAAGGGCGGUGGAUUGGGAGUCGGGGUUUCCCACUCUGGUUCCUGCAGCUCAGGGCAGCUGGCCAGCUCCGUGCCCAGGGCACCGCAACCAUUCGUCCGUUCUCUUUAACUGCACACUGCAAUGCAUUCAAGCCCACACUCAGCUGGAGCCUGUGCUUGGGCCUGCCCUCCAGCCGAUGGUUUGGGUUUCAUGUUCCUUCUGUUCUCCGCUGCUCCCUGGGGACCCCAGGGCCUGACCUGUGUGCACUGAGGCCACCUGAAGCUCUGGCCUCCUGGACAUGGGCAAGUGCAGGGCACUGGUCAGUUCUGAGCAGCCUCGGGUGGGGCUGCUGGGCCUUCCUGGAUGCUCUACCCAGGGUGGGUGACAUGUGGGCCACCGUUCCUGCUCCUCCCAGCAGUGACGUGCAAACCAUCACUGUCCAGCCUCUGUGGACCAGCUCCUCCCCAGUGUGGCCUAGAGGGCUGGAGUAGCAGGUUGAGCCCCAUCAAGACACACUAGGCCUCCAGCUGGCCUGCUGUGGCACCCAGGGUACAGAACAGCCCUGUGCAAACCAUAGAUAGCCCUGGCCCUCUACUAAGGCCACCAGGCACCCUGUCCAGUGAUGCCCUAGGAGGCAGUCCCCUAUCUGGGGUCCCGCUCCUUCAUGUCUCUGUACCUGUGACUUCCUACCCAGAUCCCGUGUCCUCCCCAAAGCCAUGGGAGGUGAACCCUCCACACUGUGUCCCCAAAUGAUUUUUUUUUUAAAUAAAGGAGAGAAACAUC